AUGCUGUAUUGGCCUUUCCUAGAUCAGUUUAAGAAAGAAAUAAAAUGUACUGCAUUCAACAGUUCGUUUAUUCAGACCACUCGAAACCUAGUUCAAAAACUUGAUACUUGCCUUGUUACAGCAUCGACUUAUGCAGAUACUCUAUGUAUGAUGAAAGGAAAAAAGUUCAAAGGAAAAGGCAAAGCUGUAGACACUGAAAUUGCUUCCACUUCUAGUUUUCAAAACAUUAAUGAAAAUUUAAAUGAUGCUGAAGCAGAUAUGGAUAUAGAUAGUUCAUCAAUAUAUAUCACCACAAAAUAUGACGCUGGUGAAGCAAGCAAACAAGCAGAUAAUACAGAUAAUCCUGUUUCGUGGACUGUCCAGUCAAGGGAUACUUCUUCUCCUUCUGUACCUAAGGCUUCUUACUCAUCUACAACUUCUGUUGAUCCUGAAAUUGUUCUAAAACCCGUUAAAAAGAGUAAUGAACCACAUGAACCUUCUAAUGCUACACCCAACCGUAUAAUGGCCGUUAAAACCACUGUAAGAAGUAUUUGGAAACAAGAAUACAUACAGCCAUUAUAUGAUUUAGUCAAUACAACAAACAUUUUAGUAACGCACACAUUUGCUUUUAUUAAAUACAUACUUAUUCAAGAACUGCAAUCGGAUGACGACUUUGAUUUCAAAGAAUUUAUCAAGAAAGGUUUUUUUGUUGAAGUGUUUCUAAGCCUUAUUCAGACUAAAGUCGUAAACUCCUCAAGACUUAAGGAUAUAACCAAAAAAUAUAGACAGAUAAUUCUCAAAUACAAGAAGGAAUAUUCCUAUAUAAGUAACCUGAAGGCGCAUUUUGGAAAUAGAUUGCGCAGUUUUGUGAACAAGUUGUUUAACAAGGAUGAAAAAGCAAAAUAUCUUCGUGAUAAACUGAAAGCAAAUGGUUAUACUGAGCAAGCCAUCAAAACAGCUAUCCGGAAAGAGGUUUAUCAGCCAUGCAACCAGGUGAAGCAAGCCAUUGCAAAAAAAGAGAUUCCAGAGAGAGGUCUUUUAGAUGCUCAAUCUUUAGAAGAAUUGGCUAUGUUUUACGCAAGUUACACAGAGAACUACUCGUUCCAAAGAAAUUCCGUUUAUUAUGACGUAAAGGCAAGACCAGAGAACCAUUUCAAGGCUUUUUUUAAACUAGCUGUAAUGUUUGAAGCGAAAAAAAUGAAAAUGUUUACCUGUUUUCCUUUACGCACUACUUUUAUUCCUUGUUAUAUGACAUUGGAUAGCAAAAUAAUCCAUCAUCAUAUUCUCAAAAAAAAGUCGCAACUAAAAGCAGAGAACAAGUUUGACACAUGGGGUGAUGUAGUUAACCUUCAGAACAAGGUUUUCAAGAACCAAGGAUUUGAUAAAUCUAUACGAUUUCAAGGGACCAUCGAAACAGAUGGAGUUGGUAUAUCAGUCAUAAAACAAAAUAUGGAUACCAACAGAAAGACAUCCAAAGCAAAGAAUACAACAAAGGUUACUGUUGAUCAAACAGAGUAUAUAGAGAAGGUUAGCCAAUCAGACUUGAGAAGGACUGAAGGAAACUGUGUUCUUAUAGAUCCUGGAAGACGUGAUCUUAUGUAUUGCCUCAAGGAAACUAGUAAAACAGAAGAUAAGCAAACUUUGAUAUAUACAAAGAUGAAUAGAACAAAAAUGCAAAGACAUCUCAGACUUUUGAGAGAAAAAACAAAACCUGUAAUUAUCAAGGCUGCUGAGGUGGUUUUGUCAAAAAUCGAAUCCUUUUCAGUAAAGAUAACAAACUAUUCCAACUAUAUCAAAGAAAGAGCAUCUGUCGAUAUUCUAUUAAGAGAGUAUUAUGGAAACGAAACUUACAAUACAACACAAGUAUAUUUUCCUGAUUCGUGCUUUGAAUUCAAAGUGACCAACAAAGGUGAAUUGUAUUUUGGGAAUUUGUAUGUGACAAGAAUUCGAGGCUACUACCCCCAACCCCAAGCUCCUCCUGAUGAUUUUACUAAUAUCCAAAUGUAUGCUACUUAUUUGGAUAUUAUGAUGCAACAAAAUCAUGUGAAAAGACGUUUGAAUAACACGGAAAAAGCAGAAAUACUUAAAAUUAUGUCAGAAACAGGUCAAGUGGAUCUAUUGAGGAAUCGUGCAAGCCAACGUUUAGAAAAGCUACAGAUUUUGCCAUUCCGUAAACUAAAGUUUUCUAGCAAACUGUACUUUGACAAAAAUGAUGCUCAAUUAGUUAGAAAGCUGAAAAACAAGUUUGGAUCCAAUACAACGCUGAUACUUGGAAAUUGGUCAGCACCAAACAUCAAGUUUCAAGAGCCAACUAGGAAUAAAGGGUUAAUUGAUAUGUUAAAGAAGAACGUAUUUAAACUAUAUUUAAUUGACGAAUACAAGACGUCUUCUUUUUGUCCUACAUGCGAAAGUCCUUUGGAAAAGUUCAAAACCAUAGUGAAUCCAAUUAUAUCAAAGACGAAAAAUGCCGACCAUUACAUGUCAUGAAUUACUUCGGUGUAAGAACAUUGCUUGCUACAGAAAAAUGGAGAAUACAUCUGGUAUUGUUGCAAGAAGAAUGUGGAAUCGUGAUUUGGCUGCGGCUUUAAACUUUAAAAAAAUACUGAACCAUUUGAGGGAAACUGGAAAACGACCCGCUUUGUUUAGUCGAGAAAAAGCAGAAAGAAAAUAAUUUUCCACUAAAGUUAUCGCUUUAGUUAUUUAAUGCAGUGUCAAAACUGUA